AAGGAAAAGCCAGAAACCAAGACAAACAGAGCCUCCUCUCUCUCUCUCUCUCUCAAUCUCCGUCUUUCUCUGCUACUUCUAGAUAAGAGUGGUUUUCUUCUUCUGCAUAUCUACAAUGGCCGACGCCUUGAGGUUCCACAAUCUGAGCCUCUGAAAAACUUGUUCCCUAUUUCUGUCUUUCCUAAUAAUCGAAAGCCCCAGAUUCUGCCGAGAUGAAGUUGAGGAAAUUGGUUGUCGGCAUGAUGUUUGUCACAGUUAUUGCUCCUAUUGCUCUCUUCACUGUUCGAUUCAACUCUUCCUCUCCUACGAAUGAACUCAAUGAAGAAGUCUCCGCAUUCAGUUUUCCUGGCGGCGAUCCCACUCACCUGAACGUCCUUCCGCAAGAAUCCUCCGUAACCCUUAAAGAACCUGUUGGGAUUGUGUACUCAGACAACAAUACUCCAUCUGCUGCUGGGCACAACUCCGAUUUGGACUCAGAUUUGCUCUUAUCCCCUCCAAAGGAGCAUAAAUCCAGCAGGUUCUUGCACACUACAGAUGAUGAGGAUCAAUCACAUACCGUUAAUCCCAUCAGAGAGGUCACUGAUGCUACUGAACUGAGCACCAUUAUCAACAAUCCUGGCAAUGAGGAGAAAAGGGCCUCGGAAAUUAUUGAUACGAAACAUGAGCAGCAAUCUGGUGGCCAUGUUGAUGAGAAAGAAUCCAUUAAAGCAGAAACUGAGAAGCAGACUCAUCAAACAGCUGUAUCUGAUGCCCGUGUACGGCAUCUCAGGGAUCAGCUCAUUAGGGCAAAGGUGUACCUGUCUCUUCCGGCCACAAAAAGUAAUCCCCAGUUCAUAAGGGAUCUUCGGGGGCGGAUAAAGGAAGUUCAACGGGCACUAGGGGAUGCAACAAAAGAUUCAGAUCUGCCGAAGAAUGCGAACGAGAAACUGAAGGCAAUGGAACAAUUAUUGGACAAAGGGAAGCAACUUCAAGAUGAAUGUGCUGCUGUUGUGAAGAAGCUUCGUGCUAUGCUUCAUGCAAGUGAAGAACAGCUCCGAGUGCACAGGAAGCAGACCCUGUUCUUGACUCAAUUAACUGCCAAGACUCUCCCUAAAGGUCUGCAUUGUCUCCCCUUGCGGCUUACAUCUGAGUAUUAUAACUUGAAUUCUUCUCAACGAGGCUUCCCUAAUCAAGAGAAAUUAGAAGACCCUCAGCUAUUCCAUUAUGCACUGUUCUCGGACAAUGUACUGGCAGCAGCAGUCGUAGUAAAGUCAACUAUUAGUAAUGCUAAGCACCCUUCAAACCAUGUUUUCCACAUUGUUACUGACAGGCUCAAUUAUGCCGCAAUGAGAAUGUGGUUUCUAGUAAAUCCACCUGGCAAAGCCACCAUUCAGGUGCAGAACAUUGAAGAAUUUACGUGGUUAAAUUCUAGUUAUAGUCCUGUCCUCAAGCAGCUCGGUUCCCCCUCCAUCAUAGACUAUUACUUUAGAGCACAUCGGGCGAAUUCUGAUCCAAAUCUGAAGUAUCGAAACCCAAAAUACUUAUCUAUCCUGAACCAUCUUCGUUUUUACUUGCCAGAGAUCUACCCAAAACUUAACAAAAUAUUGUUCUUGGAUGAUGAUAUAGUGGUGCAAAAGGAUCUUUCUGGUCUUUGGUCUAUUGACAUGAAGGGCAAUGUCAAUGGUGCUGUAGAGACUUGUGGAGAAAAUUUCCAUCGUUUUGAUCGGUAUUUGAACUUCUCAAAUCCUCUAAUCUCAAAAAAUUUUGACCCUCGAGCUUGUGGAUGGGCAUAUGGAAUGAAUAUUUUCGAUUUGGAGGAGUGGAAGAGGCAAAACAUCACAGAUGUGUACCACACUUGGCAGAAGCUGAAUCAUGACAGACAGUUGUGGAAGUUGGGUACCCUGCCUCCAGGUCUCAUAACUUUCUGGAAGCGUACAUAUCCCAUCAAUCGAUAUUGGCAUGUCCUUGGGCUUGGCUACAACCCGAGUGUGAGCCAGCGUGAGAUAGAACGAGCAGCCGUGGUACACUACAACGGCAACUUGAAACCAUGGCUCGAGAUAGGCUUACCCAAGUACCGAAGUUACUGGACAAAAUAUGUAGACUAUGACAAGGCUUUCAUACGAGAAUGCAACAUCAAUCCAUAGGACAGCCUCAUGGCAUGUCUGGUAUUCAAAGUUCGUUCAGUCUUGAUUCGGUUCGCCCAUUUUCACAGGUCUGCAUCUCUAUGUAGGUUCGUGGUUGCAAAUUGGAAAUGGGCUGUUGAGCUUGAUUCUUUUUGUAUAAAAAUCGUUUUUUUAGUAUUUGUUGGCUAAGUAGAAGUGUAGAACUGGCUUCAACACUCGAUUAAAUAUUAUUUUUUUUGUCCAAGUGUGUAGGUUUACUGGCAUAGCUGUAAAAACGAUGAUGACUGAGCUCUUUUCCUGGUUUUGUCUUUUCCUUUUCCUUCCUGUGUGAGAUUACAGGUCAAGGCACGUUCUUCUUUC